AUGCGGUACUAUAUACCGAAACUGCUAGUGGAGUUUAACCGGGUACGACGAGACUGUCAGCAGUGUAAAAUACGGAACGCCGUGCCAAAUCCACCCCUGAUGGGGGACAUUCCUCGGCAGAGGAUAGCAGUGUAUCAACAGGCCUUCACGUAUACCGGUCUAGAUUAUUUUGGACCGAUACUCGUGGUCGUGCGACGUCACUCGGAGAAGCGCUGGGGAGCGCUGUUCACCUGUCUUACUACAAGGGCGGUUCACCUCGAAGUAGCUCAUGCACUAACAACUGCUUCCUGUAUUUUAGCCAUCCGCCGGUUCAUCGCAAGAAGAGGCUCGCCGAGGGAGAUAAUAAGCGAUCGGGGUACUAACUUCGUCGGGGCGGCGAGAGAGCUAAAAGACGCCUUGAAGGAAGUAGAUGAAAGCACGCUUAAGUCGAGGUUCAAUAGUCCUGAGUUGAAGUGGAGCUUCAACCCGCCGGCAGCACCUCAUUUCGGUGGUAGUUGGGAGCGUCUAGUCCAGUCGGUAAAGAAGAUACUGUGUAGCUUCAAUUUACCACGAUUGCCCACGGAUGAACUGUUACUGUCCACGCUAACAGAAGUAGAGAUGAUGGUCAAUUCCAGACCACUUACAUACUUACCGAUCGACGAUGAGCUGGACUGUCCGAUAACGCCGAACCACUUAUUGCUCGGUAGUGCCGAUGGGAGUAAAGCAGCCGCUUUCUUCGAUGAUUCACCGACUUCAAUACGGUCGUUAUGGGGUGCCCUGCAAACCAACGCGGAUAUAUUCUGGAAGCGGUGGAUUGCAGACUAUCUACCAACACUCACCCGCAGGACGAAAUGGUUCCACCCGGUGCCGCCGAUCCAGGUGGGAGACGUAGUGGUAAUCGCGGACGGGAACUUACCGAGGAAUACCUGGCCAAUGGGACGCGUUCUAGAAGUGACCCGUGCUAAAGGCGGUCAGGUUAGAAGGGCAAUGGUCCCUUAA